UGUCCCGCAAACCGUUGGUUUAACAGGAGGGGUGAACAGAGAAAAAACGCCCAGUCGCAGAGUGGACCUCGAGGAGUGUGUAGAGUGUGGGUGCAGCUGGAUCAAAUUCACUACUGGAGAGCAGAAAGUGCACCCAACGCACCCGAGUUCACAGCAGCAGAGAACCAGGACACAUCAUGGGAGGCAAGCUAAGCAAACGGAAGAAGGGAUACGAUGUCAGUGACCCUAAAGAGAAGAAAGAGGAGAGUCCUGUGGCGGCAGUUGACCCAGCUGAGAGAAAGGCAGAGGCACCUGUGACUGAGGCAGAUGUAGAGCCCCAAGACGCUACAGUGGAAAGUGCUGCAGCACCAGUGAUUGAGUCUGAAGCAUCAGCUGAUCAGACUGCCUCUCCCUCAACAACACAAACAGAAGUAAAGAAGGAUGAUGCUGUACCUGAAGAACCAGCAAAACAUGCAUCUAUUGCUCCAUCAGAGGAAACAGCAGCUGUUAAACAAGCAGAUGUGCCAGAGUCUCAAGCAGCAGAAAUACCAGCAUCUGCAUCAGAGGCACCAGCAGCAGAGGUACCAGCAUCUGCAUCAAUGGCACCAGCAGGAGAGGUACCAGCAACUACACCAGAGGCACCAGCAGCUGCACCUGAGCUAUCAGCAGCCGAGGAACCAGCUGCUGUGCCAGAGGCACCAGUAAUGGAGGAACCUGCUGCAGUAAUUGAGGAACCAGCAGCUGUUCAAGGGCAACCUGUGGCAGAGAAAGCUGCAGCAUCAAAGGAACCACUGACAGAGGAACCUGCAGUUGUACCUAAGGAACUAGAGGCACCAGUAACAGAGAAACCUGCAGCUGCACCUGAGGAGCCAUCAUCUGUGCCGGAGGCACCAGUGACAGAGGAACCUCUAGCCACACAUGAAGAAAUUGCAGCUGUGCCAGAGGCUUCAGAGGUGGAGAAACCUGUAACAAUAUCCGAGGAACCAGUAACUGUGCUGAAGGCACCAGUAGCAGAGCUUGAGGAACCAGCAGCUGCCCUAGAGGCAGAGGAAUCUGCAGCUGAACCCGAGGAGCCAGCAGCUGUCCCAGUGGAGCCAGUAUCUUUGCCAGUGGAACCUGUUAUAGAGCAGGUAGUUGAGAAAGCUGUUGAGAAGCUUGCAAAAGCCAAUGAAGUGUCCAGUGAAAUGACAGAAUCCACAGAAGCUAUGCCAGAAUCAGAGACUGUCACUGAGGCAGCAGUUCCAGAGCAAGUUGCUGAGGCUGCCCCAGUGCCUGAGCCUGUUUCUGAGGCAUUGAGUGUGGCAGCGGUAGAGGCAGAUGUGCCUUCCACACCAAUCACAGAGCCUGAGUCUCAAACUGCUGCACCUCUUGAGGCCACAUUAACACAAGUAACACCAGAGCCAACCUUAACUGAACCUACACCAGAGAAAAAGAGCAUAGAUGAGCCCAUCCCCGUGAUCGUAAUCUUAGAGUCAACCUCAUCCAAUGAGAUAUCCCCCGAGGAAACUGCAUCGACUGUCACAGAUCUCAAGCUGGAUAAUGGAGUGUGUGAGAGUGCUGGCUCAGUAGAGGAAUCUGUGAUGGCUCCCCUUGAAGUAAAUGGGGAAUGCCACAAGCAAGCACCAGAGGUAGCCCCCAUGGACGUCCCCAAGCCUCUGGCUGAGGAAUGUGUAAACGGUGUGGAUGACAAAGAACCCCCUCAGGAACAGAGUGACUGUGAACUGAAAAAGGACUUGAGUUUGGCUGCUGACUUUCAAGUUCCAUCUCCAAUUGGUGGCAUGGUAGAGGUGCCACAGUGAGUCAGGCUGUCGACUUAAUCUGAGAAACAAACCUUAAAUGUGAAUCCCAUAUUGAUGCAAACAAACAAAACAAUCAUCUGACAACGUAGGCUUUCUGAAAAUGAAUAUCAAAAAUGCCUGUUGUGUUCUCUCAGGCAAGAAUAACCAAAAAGAUGUAAAACCACCCAAGAGCUAAGAGCAAGAACAAAAGAGUGAGGGUGAAAGAAAGUGGAGGAGAGAGUGAGUGAGAGAGAGCGAGCAGUGUUGAAGUUUUUGUGACCUGUGUCCUGCUGUCAUUGGAGAGGGUGAGCUUGCAGGUCUGGUGAAUAUGUAAGCCAGAGAGAUGAUGAUUACAUAUGAACAGAAAAAGGAAUAAAAACAACUUAUUAGCAUUUAAUAGUAUUUAAUCUAAUUUAGACCACAUGUCAAUUCUGUCACCCUUUAGGCCUAAUAAGAAGAUUUUCAACUUUUCAUGAUGGGAGAUACAGCGAGGAAUGUUCAUUUUAACUUAAUGGCUUGGCAUAGAAAAUAAAACACUAUGUUAUACCUUAAACAAAUGGUUCUUUCAUUUUUGCACUUGUAUUUUUCUGAAUGUUGUGCUGAAUGGGUACCCAAGUGUGAAAACUAAAGUUAAAAAAACUUGUGUAAUGUUCAAAAGAUUAUUUCAAAUAAAGGUAUGAUCACAAUC